GCCAAGGCUACAGGACGUCGGCCCAGAGGGAGAACACCAUUUUGCUUGCGUUCUCAUGUUUUCAAUGAUACGAGAGUCAUUUUGGGUUGUCCUUAGCCAAUUCCAAUGGAGGCCUUGAGGGGUGACCAGGAGACGACGCCACAACUUUGUUCUUCAUGCAGAUGCCGCAAGAUCUGUGGCAUCGUGUCAGACACCAGCAUGCAUUUCCAGUGGUACGCCAUCAGAAAAUGAAUAGCAAGUUCACAAUAUGACCGGUGCUGUCUUCUCUCGAUAUAGUUAUAGUUCUCUUCGUACCUUCACACCCUCGUUGUGGCUUCAGCAUUGCUGUCUUGUCGUACGCCACCCAGAUUGGCACCAAGACGCGGGUUCCUCUCCCAUUGGUGCUGUAGUCGCUUAUCGUGUGUCCAUCAUCGACACUAGUAGAUUGAAAGCCAAGAUGAUCGCAAGAAUAAGAUGGCCUCUGCUCUGCUGAGCCAGCAAAAAGAAAAACAAUUCUUCACUGCUGGGUUGGGGGCAAAUUAGCCGACGGGCUUGAUCGUCAUCUGCGGGGGAAUUUGAGAACCUACCUAAAUAGGUAAAGAGCUGUAUGCGAUCCCACGUUACAGCAGCGCGCAGCGAGGUAUGUAAUCCCCUCACGCGCAGAUUUCGAAUAAUUCAGAGCGACUAUUGACUUUCUUCGGGCGUGAAACGCGUAAAAGAGAAAUCACCACCAACUUCAGUCACGGGAUCCGACAGCUGUCAGUUGCCAGCUGCCAACUAUGAAGCUUCUAGCCUUGGUCGUGUCUCUGAUUGGGCUCGCCCAAACCCAGGACACGGGUGUGCACCCCGAAUGGCCGCGAUGGUGCGGAAAAGUCUACAAGCCCGAAUACCCCAGCUUCAACCCAGGUGGCCAGACUGUUGAGCCUGCUCGUCUUGCCGACGGUCCCGCACUUCACAUUCAAUUCAAGCCGCGUUAUAGUGUCUAUAUCGAGAGCGAGAAUGAAGCCGAAUUCAUCGUCAAUGCUGCCGUUUCAGAAUGGUUCGGGUCCAAGUGGCCCGGGCUGGCGAACCCUGCCACCGCGCCGCCAGUUGUCUUUACAGUCAAUAUGGUUUCCAACAACAAUGUUUUGGUAUCCAAUCAUGUCCAGCCCGGAACAACUGGUAACCUAUUCAAGUUUAACUUGACGUCUGUUCAACCCAGUCUGGAACCGUAUCAGGUCGUCUUAUUUGGUGCUCCCGAAGCAGGCAGCCCCAACAUCACUGUGUCCAGCGAGUUCUUCUAUCUCCCUGAGAAGAAAUCGGGCAGCGUAACUAAAAUUGACAACCUCCACGGUGGUAUGCUAUUCCGAAACAGUGCCACCAAGGGCCAGUUCCAGCCAAUCCUUCCCUACGGGUUUUAUGCUCAAUGCGUGGGGCUCUUCUGCGAGGACGACUACCAAGCCAGGAUUAAGGCAUACUCUGAUCUCGGGCUCAAUGGCAUGGUCCCCUUGACACCCAUCACCAGGAAUCCUGCUGCAUUUGCCUACAUGAAUACUCUACCAGACAUGCAUUACAUGUACGACCUGCGGGAUUAUUUCCGUAAUCUCAGCUUAGUUGAAAGCCAAGUGACAGCUGUCAAGGACCACGAAAACAUCUACUCGUACUGGGGUACAGAUGAGCCCGACGGCUGGCAGUACCCAUUCAACACGACUAUCGCGGUAACAGAUUUGAUCCACAAACUUGACCCGUACCAUCCUGUUGCUGUUACUCUCAACUGCCAAAACUACUAUUUUGGCCCUUACACUCGCGGUUUUGAUUUCAUCAUGGAAGACGCAUACCCCAUUGCCAUCAACUCCACUUUUUCGAAAUGGGGUACCGCUUGCAAUGCAACUUACGGUGACUGCGGAUGUGACAACUGUCACGGAAAUGUACAGGACGUGCCCUCCCGUUUGGAUGACCUUAUCCAAUAUGAGAAGUGGCUCGGGCUGUGGCCCAAGACAAAGGUGCAUAACCCUCAGAGCUUCCACGGAGAGGACUAUUGGUUCCGGGACCCAACCCCUGCCGAAGAAGUCGUCAUGAAUGCUCUGGCUUUCAACCACCAUGCCAAGUCCAUCAUCUCUUGGGUUUGGCCUACCAGUGAUGCUCUUGCUCAAAUUCAUGGAAAGUACGCCAAGGUUGUAGCUCAGGUGCCAGUCCGUGAUUUCAUCGUUCUCAGUGAGGCGCAGCCUCUUCCCACCAAGUGCAACAAGGUGGUUGAUGCAGCUUACUGGAAAUACGAAAACCAAGUGUUGCUAAACGUGGUUAACGGUGGGUAUGAGCCCAUCAACAGAACCGUAAGAGUUCCUCUACCAGAUUCAAUCAAGCCCUCAAGCAUCAAGAGUGUUGAAUGGGGCAACGGAACCUGGGCUUUGAAGGACGGUACACUGCGCCUGGGGUCUAUUGACGCCAUGUCAGCCAACAUGAUAAUCUUAGAUCUGUAGGGCUAUUUGACUGAGGAGAGAAUGCAUUAUUAUUAUAUGUUGCCUGUAAAGAAAAUAUUUCUAUGCUCAAACUUGCGCCAUUGAAAUGCGUGACCCAUGUAGUUUUCGUCCGUAAACAAACUUAGUAUCCUUCUUUCUGCUCGCCGUUCUGCUGGCGGCCCAUCCUUGACCACAUAGACUUCAGAACUGGGUUUCUUGAAGAGACCAGUACAUUUGCCCACCUCUUAGAGCCAUCUACGGGAUCCUCGAUAGGAACUGUCGCAGCACCGAGCGACACUGGCUGGCAGUUAAGAUAUGUACUCUCCCAGUUUCCAGCAGGAACCUCAAACAGCUCGUGAAAGACGCCAACGUAAGGCUUCUUGAGAGCCACAAAUGCAUCCCAGUAGCGGCGAUGGAUAGGAUCGUGGGCAAAUUUAUUUAGAGCUUCCAGGUCACGGAAAUAAUACACCGCCAUGGAAGUUUGUCCAUUCGACGGAGCCGGCUGCCAAUGCGACGCACUGAGAAGGCCAUACUCCUCACGUUUUGACAUCAGAUCAUGAUGCAUCUCCAUAAACCAGUCUGACGUUUCUUUGAACCCGGGAGCCGCAAAACCGUUGGGAUGGUUUGACUGCACUCCAAGAUGGAGCACCACCAAGCUGCGACUGGAAGGCUUGUUCGAGUAUGUUCCAUCAGCCUCGGGAAACUGCGCAGAAGUGCCUGUAGGAGGGAUGUAACUGGGAGGUGCACUUGGCUUUGGUGCUGCGAGAUGGCCAAUGGCGGCGAUGGCGACACAAAUACCAAGGGGUACAAACGCCCAUUCGCCUGGGAGAUAUCUGCUAAGGAGCAACUGAGCGACGCCGCCUAGAAUGGCUUUACUGGGGAGCUGGAGUUUAUUCCAUAUCGAAG